AGCCGCGCCUGGCCGACCAUGGCGGCUCCCGCGCGGCGCUGGCCUGCGCGGCUGCUCGCUGUGCUGCGCGCUCUGCCCGGGCGCCGGGCCGUGCACGACUGUAGCCCGCCGCGGGACGUGCUGCUCUUCGAACACGAGCGGAGCCGCUUCUUCGUCGUUCUGGGGCUGUUCUGCGCGGGCCAGGGCGUCUUCUGGGCCUCCCUGGCUUGGGCGGCCUUGGCCGGCCCCACCGGCCCGGCUCGACCCCGGGACGCGGAGUCUGCAGGGCGCGGCCGCCAGGACCUGCGUUCCGCGCUCUGGCGCUACGGCCUGGCGGCCGGUUGCGGCGCCGUAGGGACCCUGGUGAUUGGCGCGGGUCUUCUCUUCUCCCUGCGCUCGGUGCGCUCCGUGCUGCUGCUGGCUGGAGGGAAGGAGGUGUCUCUCACCACUCAUGCCCCCUUUGGUUUGGGGGCCCAUUUCACAGUUCCUUUGAACCAGGUGUCCUGCAUGGCUCACCGCGGUGAAGUCCCGGCCAUGCUGCCUCUGAAGGUCAAAGGCCGACGCUUCUACUUCCUCUUGGACAAAGCUGGACAUUUCCCCAAUGCCAAGCUCUUUGACAACACUGUGGGGGCUUACCGUAGCCUGUGAAGCAGCCACCUUGGGUCAGUCGCCCUUUUGGGAAGGGACUAAAAACUGAACCUUCAGGAUGACUGACAACCUGGGUGCCCAAGAGCCAUUAAUAGGAAAUAAAUGGGUGGUCCCCCCAGGGGCACUGGCCACCAGG